AAACCUACACGGAACGUUUAUCUAGGUGCACCUAUUAGUGAGUCCGUCAUGGCGUCUGGGUACCUUGUAAGUCGUGGUGCAAAUGCACUCGGAAUUCACCUUCAGCGUUUUAGCCGGAACAUUCUUUACACACAAAUUAGAAAGAAACCCCGAUGGAUGAGGGCAUACACGCUUUUGAUGGAAAGAAAAAAGAAGUUAGAUGGACCACCACCACCUAGACCACGUUCUCAUCAACCAAACUGGGAUUAUCAUGCAGAAAUUCAAGCAUUUAGCAGCAGGCUUCAGGAGAAUUUCUUAUUGGAACUCCUGAAAUUAGCACUUGUGAAUCCUUGCUAUGUGAGAGCUGAGGAGGAGCGAAGACGCUUGUUGGAGCUGGACAAUCAAACGGCGGCGCUGAACUUGAAGGAUAAUGCACAGCUCCAUGUACAGGGACUGAACUUCACUAUGGCUUUCCUGACUGACUGGUGCAGAAGCAACUUCACAAGCCUCCCAGACCAGGCUGUUGCAGCUGUGGUGGGCCACCUUAGCUGUCCUGAAGUUGUGUGCCAUGUAGCACGCAAUCUUGCUAUUGAGGAGUUGACACUGAGCGGUCAAUUCCCUGUACCUGAAAACAUCCUGCAUGACACAUUCUUUGCUGUAGUUGGAGCACUUCAGGAGAGCAGUGGACCAGAGAGAGCAGCAUUUUUUCUCAGAGACUUUCUGACCACACAGUUGAUAGGGAAGGACCUGUUUGAGCUGUGGCCAGUAGUGAACCCCAUGGGGAUGCUGGUGGAGGAAAUGUCCUGCAGAAACCUGCCCCUCCCCGAACCCCGUCUUACCAGAUCGGCUGGCGCCAGCACAGUGCUGCCCCUCUAUUUUGUGGGACUCUACAGUGAUAAGAAACUACUCGCCGAAGCUCCAGGAGAGACCAUUCUGGCUGCAGAAGAAGAGGCAGCACGUGUAGCACUGAGAAAGCUGUAUGGAUACACUGAGAACCGGAAACCCUGGGACUUCUCAGCCCUUCUGGAACAAUCUUCCCCGUUUGCCAUACACAUAAGCAAAAACCCAUAGAUGAUCUGUAAUCACACUGUCCACCAUGCCAAUCAAAAUACAAAUUAUUCUGUGGGCUGGGAAGGAUGGAGAUAAACUCAAUUACUUUGUACACUUGGGAGAUGGGUAACACACCUCAAGAUCUUUUGAAGAUAAAUUUGGAUUCUUAUAUUACAGAAUUGUUGGAUUAUAAUUCAAAAGUGCUUGUGAACAAUAAAAAUGUAUAAUGACAAA